AUGGUUUCUGCCGGACAACUCUGUUUUUCCGCUCUUCCACUUUUACUUGCCGCUUCCAGGACGGUUGUUGGCUCUGAGCUUUCCGACAAUCUUGUAGCCCGAUCUGAGCUUCAGGCUCGGGACGACCAGCCCCAUCUCGAUACCCGUGACGAUGAUGCCAAUCUCGGGCUGCGCAUGAACGACGGGGAUGAUUUGUUCCUCCAGUUGCGUGAGCUAGAGACGCCCGACCUUCUCGAGACGCGGGCUUCAAAGGCAAAGGCCGCGGCGAAGAAACCCGCUGCAUCCUCGAAGAAGCCGGCAGCAGCAGCGAAGAAGGCCACGGGUGGAAAGAAGAGCGCUGCUAGCAAACCCGCUGCGGGCAAGAAAACACCUGCUGCAGGUAAGAAGACACCUGCUGCAGGUAAGAAGACACCUGCUGCAGGUAAGAAGACACCUGCUGCAGGUAAGAAGACACCUGCUUCCAGCAAGAAAUCAGCCGCCGGCAAGAAGUCUACCGCUGGUGGCAAGAAGUCUACUGCUGCUGGCAAGAAGACCGGUGCCAGCAAGAAGGCAACGUCUGCCAGCAAGAAGACUGGUACCAACAAGAAGUCUGCUGCUGCUGGCAAGAAGACCGGUGCCAGCAAGAAGGCAACGUCUGCCAGCAAGAAGACUGGUGCUAGCAAGAAGACUGGUGCUAGCAAGAAAGCUACUGGAGGGAAGAAGUCAACCACUGGUGGAAAGAAGACCGGCCUUGGCAAGAAGUUAACUGGUGCUGCUAAGAAGGCUACUGGUUCUCUCAAAAAGGCCGCUGGUGGAAAGAAGUCAACCGGAGCUAGCAAGAAGACCGGCACCAGCAAGAAGGCUACAGGUGGAAAGAAGCCAACGACUAGUGGAAAGAAGACUGGCAUCAGCAAGAAGUUGACUGGUGCUGCCAAGAAGGCUACUAGUGCUAUCAAGAAGGCCACUGGUGGAAAGAAGUCGGCUACUGGCGGGCACAAGUCAGCAGCUGCUGGCAAGAAGACUGGUACUAGCAAGAAGGCUACUGGCGGACAGAAGUCAACUGCUGGUGGAAAGAAGACCGCUGCCAGUAAGCCUGCUGCUGGCAAGAAGCCAGCUGCGGCUGCUAAGAAGACUGGCACCAGCAAAAAGUCUGCUGGCAGAAAGUAG